CUCGCGCCAAAUAUUUGUAGUGGCUCGAAUCGAUUUCGCACAAAAAUUAUUUAUCCACGGAGGGUGACAAGACAUAUCGAGCCCCUCCACCCAAGGAUACCUCAGCAAAGCAGGAAAUAAUUUGGAACGGAUCUACACACGGGGAUUAUCCUAUUCCAUCCUACACAGUAACUGUUGUCAACAAUUGCAAAUGCAUAUGACAGUUUAGUUCGAGUUCGUGUACAGGCAAGUGAGAUAUUUCACUGCAAAAACAAAGGAAUGGCAGGAUUAACAAAACAGUUGCUGUCCGCAAAAUUAAGGGCAUCAAUAACAGAAGAAGAUGAAAGUGAUGAAGAAAUGGCAUCAUCCAACGUGCCUUUUAGUCAGAAAUCACACAGCAGUGAUAUCAAGUAUUGUGAUCACAAUAAAAGUCGAACAUCUAUCAUUAACAAAGAAAAUGAAAACAGUCCCAAGAGAGUAUCUUCCCCAAGAUCAAAGAUUCGUAUUCCACUCGAAGAUUCCGAUGUCACUGUGGAUAAUGCCAUGGACAAUAUUGACACUGAUCAAAACAAUAACAGUCAGCCAGUGACACCUACCAAACCCAAAGAAGAGGCUGAGGCUCCCUUGACCCCAACAGCAAAUCUAAAGAUGCUUUUUAGUGCUGUUAGUCCAGAGAUUAGAAAAAUGCAGAGUAAAUUGAAAGAAGAGGCUAAUGCUCAACAAGUAGCCGAAGAAUCAAAUCAAGAUGCAAAUGACUUUGACAAUGAAAUAUUAUGUUCGUCUCAAGAGAGUGACUCAGGCAAACCAACUACAGGAUCAAGAAAAGAAAAAUCUCUUGGACUUUUGUGUCAAAAGUUUUUACAAAAGUAUCCGGAAUAUCCAGAUCCAUCACAGAACUUUGAAAUAUGCCUCGAUGAAGUUGCCAAAGAACUCAGCGUCGAGAGAAGGAGAAUCUAUGACAUCGUCAAUGUGCUGGAGAGUGUCGAAAUUGUCAGCAGAGUGGCUAAGAAUAGAUAUGCAUGGCAUGGAAAGACCAACCUUGUCACGACACUUGCAAAACUUAGGGCUCUGGCUGAGACUGAAGGUUUUGCAGAGCAGAUGGACAAACUGAAGGAACUUGAAUUAAACCGAGAACUUCAAGAUGGGGAGACUUGCACAGUAAAACUGCCAGUUGAAAUUGGUGACAAGGCAGUCCGGAAAGACAAAUCCCUUGGCAUCAUGAGUCAGAAGUUUCUCAUGCUGUUCCUCGUCUCCAAACCAAAGACCGUCAACCUGGAUCUCUCGGCUAAAAUACUCAUUGGCGACCCUCUCAUUGACAGGACUGAGAGUGCCAAAUUCAAAACUAAGAUCCGGCGUCUGUAUGACAUUGCCAAUAUCCUCACUAGUCUUGACCUUAUUCGUAAGGUCCAUGUCACGGAGAUCAGAGGUCGUAAACCAGCAUUCAAAUACAUCGGCCCCGAUGUUGAUAACGUCAGUGAUGUUGGUUUUUGCUGCACUGAUGGAUGUCAUCGGCCCAGUUCUCGCCACUCAAUGCUUGACUGUGUUAAAAAUGCCAAUGUUGCCAACCUUGUAAAUAUGUACAGACCCAUUCAUCCAUGUGUUCCUAUACAGAAUCCAUCUGUGGUUGCAACAUUAGCAGAAGCUAAAACCAAAGUCAGCAAAUUGAAGCAGGAGGCUGACAAUGCUCCCCGUCGCUUUUCUCGCCAUGCAUCUUUCGAACAAAUCUGCCAAGUUGCUGAGAAGGAAAGAUCCAAAUUAUAUGGAUGUUCCUCUGAACCCUCUAGUCCUGUUAAAAAACUCAACUUUGAUGAAACAUUUGAAGAUCCAUUGCCUAAACCAGAGUUGAAAAAGAGUCAGAGCAUGCCAUUAACGGUAAAGAAACCAUUGCUCAUAAUGAAAGAUGGACAGCUGACCAUUGUCCAGGAUUCUUCAGAAAAGAAUAAAUCCAAUCCAGGGACUCCACUUACUUCACAAACAAUAAGCCUAGCCAAAAGUUCCGGCAAGGCCAAUGCUUUUAUAUUCAGGACAAAGCCUUUGAAUCCAUCAGAGAAUAUGAAACAGCCAACAAUGAUUCCACUGACAAGAGAUCAGAUUGAUGCUGUGUUACGCUCUCUCAAAGUUCCAGUGCCCAUAGAGAAGGAUACUUCUAGUCUUAAAGAUGCUUCAACUCAGUCAUCCCCUAAUACACCAUCUACAGGUAAAUCUCAACAGACGACAAUCUUAGAGCAACGGUCAUCGUCUCCAGAUUGCACCCUUGCAGCCAUGAAUGAAACUACCCCUCAGGCUCAACCGGAUCGCCGUGGCAUCAAGCGGACAUAUGUGGCCGUAAGGAACGUUAAUACUGUUGAUAAAAGGAUUCGAUUAGCCAUUCCAACACCACCAUCAACAGAGGAGGAGUCCGGAGCCAGUUCAUCGGACAGCUUCUCCCAUACUCCUGAUGGAGAAGUGGAUGCAAUUAAUCAAAGAUGUGCCAAACGCAAGGUCGCAACAGAUAGGAGGGCACUUCAUCUUGCUCCUGAAUUCCGUAACUCACCUCCCAUGUGCAAUGUUCAGAGAAAACCAACUCCAGAUACAUUCAAUCGAAUCACAGCAUCAGAACUGGAGCUGGCUGCUCCUUUAGCUGAUGAUGAAGAUUCUCCGUGUGGAAAGCUAUCCCCAAGGGAAAACAGUAAAUGUCAUAUACCCGCUCAGACUGUUUUACCUACAAUGCAACGUGUAACAAUCCAACUACCCAAUCAGCAACCAAUGUCUGUGUUUCAUGUCCCCGUGAACGGUCAGGACAAGAUGCCCAAAGUCUCCCCCAAAUCCUUGCCACAAUCCCCACCCCUUCAGGGCUUUGCUCCAACCCAGCCAUUGCAGAUUGUUGGAGGGAUACCAGUAACACCAAAUGGUCAGCCAAUGGGUUUCAUGGUACCCGUCACCUUUAGCCCACCCUUGACCCCAUCUAGUCCCACAAUGUUCACCAUGCCCACCUCACAAGCUCAACAGAAUAUGACCUUCACCUCUGUACAUGUUAUGCAACCUCAGGUCAAGGUCACAUCAGCUUCCAUUCCAUCUUCUGUAAUAUCCUCGCCACUACAAACAUUUUCAUCUAUCCAAUCACCACAAGUCCGUAUGAUCAUACCCCCAGAACAACCAAUUACCACCUCAGCAGGAACUUUCAUCCACAAAGACGGAUCUCUUUUUACCCCAAUAGCAUUUGCUCAGGACACUAAAACUGCAGUACGAAAGCUGUCUCUGUCUGAUUUGUGCUAACAAAUUGUCAAUGGAAUUUUAUGAAUGAAUUUGUACAGACUUGAAGUAUUUACUUCUUGGAAUUUGUAUUGAUGAAAUAGUAUUUAUCCCUAUAGUAUUUUAGACAGUGAAAGUGCAAGCUGUAGUUCUAGUUUUGGCAUGAAAGAUGCUUUGAUAUUAAUCUGGUGCAGAUAUAGAUGCAUUUAUUUUUAGAUGAAAUGUAGUUUAGUAAAUUAUUCCAGUUAUUUAAUCAAAUGCUGAUCAUUUAGUCGCUAGAUUGUACUGUGAUAAAUCAGUGGGCACAUACAUUGUUCAAACCUGGGUGCACAGCAAGACAUGUCAGUGUGUAAAUGCAUUACAGUAUUUGUAGUUUUCCUACAUUACAAAUCAAUGUUUUACAUAUCAUUCCACAUUGUUAAGUUACACCUUAUUUUUACCAAUUUCUAAGUAUUGAAUUUUCUUUUAAUCCAUCCUGCAGUAUUCCAAAGAUGUGAUUUAUUUUUUUAAUUUCAUACUUUUUUUUUUUUUUAAUCAAUUAUAAGUUUAUUUUAGUUUCCAUUUCUUAAUCAUCUCAUUUCUUUGGUUAAUUUCAUUUGACAUUAAUCUUUAACAUGUGUUCGUUGCGUUGUCAAUCCAUUACCCAGUUUUGUUAUCAGAAUGAAUGACAUAAAAUGUAUGUUGUUUGGGAUACCUGUACUUGUGUGUUUAAAGUUGUUUUGUUGCCAUGGUUACUGUUACUUUGAUCUCAUGUACAUUACCAAGCCAUUCCGCUGUUAGUAAAAUAGCUGAGAUUCUGCUUACAAGUGUGCUAACGGACAAUUAAUGGAGAAGGCAAGAAAAUAAUUCCAUAUUUGCAAUACAUAAUGCAAUGAACAUUCUUUUGCAGAUCGUAAAAGAGAAGAAAGUAAACAUUGCAAUGUGUUUAGUAGUAUGAAUUUUGAAUGAACUGACAAGGGCAACUGCAUAAUUUGUGUAGGGGAUUUUGAAACAAUUGGUUUUCUUAGGGUUUUCUUACUUCUAUCAGGUAUUAGAGGCAGCUGAUUUUAUUGUUAUUUUACACAAUAUUUAGUUAUUCAGGACUCAUUCAACAUUGAUAUCAACAUGUAACCACCAAAUGGGCAGCACAUUGUAGAAGAAUCAACCCGAAUAUAUUUUUUAUGAGAAAAUGAACCUAGUGCAGCAUAUCAGAGUUCUCAUGCUACUGUCACCUUGACUUCACACCUCACAGUAGUGUGAAAUGGCAAUUUGGCAAGUGUUGUGGUUUUCAUGACAAAUAAUAUUGGUUUAUUCAUAGAUAUAAGAGAUGAUAUAUGGCAAUUUCAAACUCUACUCUUACUAAACCAUAGACUUAAAAAAAUAUUUAUUGUUUUAUUUAUUUAUUCAUUUUUUAAGAUUAAUAAUAUUAUUCAGGCUGGCACAAAGAAAAUUGGGUAGUUUAAUAUGAACCAUAAACUCUUUUCUUCUGCUUCAUCCAUGGUCGUUAUUCCAAGCUUUGUGCUUGGCCCCAAGCAAGUCAGUGUUACAUUAUGCUAGUCGUGCCAUUUCCAGAUUAUAAUAUAUUGGUGAAAUAUUUUCAUGUCCAUUUCAUAUUUAUGUUCAUUGCAAUGCCUUUUGCUAAGGCAAACAUGGCUUGCUCAAUGUGUCAAUUUCAUAUACAACAAUACUCUUCAUUGUGACAUUGUCAUAAUAGUACAUGGUGUACUGUUGUUACCAAUUGUUAAAUUUUAUUUUUCUCCGUUGUGUGCCACAUGGAACUUGGUUGUAACGAGAGUUUGUUGUGUAUAGAGUCAAUUGUAUAUAUACUGCAAGACAGAUUGUAUAAUAAAAUACAAUAAUCAAAUAUGCAA